AUACUAUGUUUCCUUCUCUCUUCUCAUAACGUGCGCGUAAUCAUCGCUCAUGACGUGUUUGUUUAUUUACUUUCUCCGCCCGUGCACGCUAUUAUCAUUAAACACUGUAAACACUGUUGACAUAGCAACAAUGUAAACAAACAAGCUAUAAAGAUGACAGACGCGCUUCUUGGAGGACCGCAAUCUCAAAACAAACCCGUAUACACAAGCAACUGCUGCUCUUUCUAAGACUCUACUAGUCUAUAUCGGAGCAAUGCAGCUGUGGAUACUAUUUUUCCUCCUUUUUGCAUUCUUUGGCGCGCAGGUUCGCGCCUUCCAAGCAAACGCGUCCACUAACCUUGUUGGUUACUGGGGCUCAAACUUGUCAGGCAAAUUUGCUGGACAAGAUCAAAAACGCCUAUCGGCGUACUGUUCCAACUCUCCCUUUGAUGUAAUCGUACUUUCAUCCGUUGUUAAUUUCAACAAGAACGGCUGGCCCGUUUACGAUUUUGGUAAUCUCUGCAGCGACAGCGUGACGUAUGAAGGCACCGACCUUAAAGUGUGUCCCCAGAUGGAGACCGACAUUAAGAAAUGUCAGGCUGCGGGGAAGAAAAUUAUACUUUCGCUUGGCGGGUAUGCGGGAGACUACGGUCUCGGAUCUUCGGGUGAUGCCUCCAACUUUGCCUUCCAGCUUUGGAAUGUAUUUGGAGGUGGUGAAAGCAUCUACCGUCCAUUUGGCAAAGCUGUUGUCGAUGGUUUCGACUUGGACAUUGAACAUGGCUCCUCUCAAGGCUAUGCUGAUCUCGUGAAGCGUAUGCAUGAAAUUUACAAAUCCGAUCCCGACCACACGUAUUACCUGUCUGCUGCUCCCUCUUGCGCACAACCAGAUGCACUUUUGAGUGACUCUAUCUCUAAAACGAGUUUUGACUUUUUGUUCAUUCGCGAAUUUAACACGACUCUCCGUGCUGAGUGCAAAAACAAAACCGGAAAAGGUUUCAAGUCUUGGCUAGAAUAUGUUGAAAACAGUGCCUACAACACCGAGACCCGUCUUUUCCUUGGCCUUGUUUCAGACAAACGAGCUGCUUUGGAUGGGUACAGAGAUGUGAACAAUAUGACCGACUUUGUUCGUGACUCAAAGGCAAAGAGUGACGAUUCCUUUGGCGGUGUUGCUCUUUGGGAUGUCAGUUUGGCUUAUUUGAACAAGGUCAAUGGAACAACGUAUGCUGAGUAUGCCAAGAAGGCUUUGAACUCCUCUUAUUCUUUAACUACAGGAUCCACUUCGACCGACGACGGAAACAGCGCUUCCGUUAAUGAACCAGCUGGCACGACUACAGUCUCUACUUCGAUUCUUGCUACAUCGUCUGGCAAGAGUGCCAGUACAGUUUCAAGCUCAAAGUCAAACUUGCAUUCUGCUGCUUCAUCCUCUUCUCCAUCCUCUUCUCAAACAAGCUCCCUUACCACGUCCGUUAUCUCUUCUCAAGCGGCACAUAGCCUUUCUUCUUCUUCGCAUGCUGGUCAUGCAUCGAGCAGCAGUAUUGGUUCUUCUUCAAGUGCUUUCCGGACUGUUCAGCCCGCGAAGGAGAACCCUACGGUGUCUGCUAGUGCCUCUAGUAUGAAUGUUGUCGGAACUUCCUCUUAUUCUGAACUCUCUGCUUCCACUUCUCCUUCUACAACAUUGUCAUUGAGCUUCAGUUCUAGUGCUGCUGAAAGUACUCCUAGUUUGGCUACUAGCGCUGGCGCUAGUAGCUCAUCAACUGCAGCAAGCACUCCUGUUGAUUCUUCAUCCAGCACUGUUACCACUCCUGAAUCAACGGAGCAAAGUUCUACUGAAGAGAUUCCUGUUACGUCUACGGUGUCUACAUCUACGUCUUCGUCUUUAUCUCCGUUUUCUACUUCUACUUCUUCUACUUCUUCUUCCAGUACUGCCACAGUUUCCAGUGAAGAGGGUGCGGGAUCUGAUAGCACAUCUUUGGACAAUAAUUCCUCUAUCGAAUCUUCAACCAACAUUGAGUCUCAAGUGAUUUCUACCCCUGCCAUCUCUUCCUCCACUGUUAGCACUACUCCUUCUGUUGAAACCUCUGCCGAAAGUUCGGCUCCCAACAGUUCUCUGCAGUCGUCUUUCCAGUCCCAAACUGAUUUUUCUUGGCCCGUAUCCUCUACCUUAGAGAGCUCUACAACAACAAAUGCUCCUGAUGUUGCAUCCAUCGUCACUUCAAGUUCGUCUUCUGUAACUGUCUCUAACGCGGUGUCAGUCAGCUCAUCAAGUUCUGUUGUAAACAGCGCUUCUGAAUCAACUUCCGCCGCCUCUUCAGACUUGCCUUUUACGACGACUUUCAGUUCCUCUUCCCCUUCCUCUGUCUCUUCAGUUUCUUCUUCUAUAUCUAUCUCUGAUUCUGUUUCUUCUUUUACAGCUGUUUCUGAUUCUGUUUCUGUUUCUAGCGUUCCCUCUGACUCGUCUUCAAUUUCCUCUGUUUCCUCUGCCUUUGCUUCUGAUGCUACUUACUCAAUAAGCUCUUUUGCCCAGGCAUCUAUUUUCUCUACCGAAACGCUGAACAGUGAAUUCAAUUUCUCUUCUUCCAGCGCAGAUGUUUCUUCACCUUCGACUGUGUUGACGGUACCAUCGGUAACUUCUGAGCCCGAGGCUUCAAGUUCUUCCUUCAUUACUGCUACCUCUCUACCUGAGAGUGCUUCUGCUGCUUCCGAUUACUCUUCAGCAUACGAAGUUCCUGCUCUUCAUUCGUCCGCUUCCACGCAUUCAAAGCACUAUCGUACUUCAGUUAUUAUUGUGACACCCGUUUCUUACCGCACAACUACUUUGACAUCUUGGGUUCACUACGGUACAGGUUCAUCUGCUGUAAUUGUCACAACUACUCAGAGCGUGGCCGGCCCCGUUACCGUUUCGACUGUUGUUGUUCCAAUUGAAUCAACAAGUGCUGACUACAACAAUGGAGACAGUGUUUCUCUUGAAAGUUCUGUUACUACACCUACUGUAGCUACUCCGACGAUUAUUUCUUCAACUGGUUCCAGCUCAUCCGCUGAAAGCUUGGCCACGAGUGAUUCCGUUUCUUAUACAAGUUCAAGUCAACAACCAAUUGCUUCCGAAGAUAGCUCAUUCACUUCCUCGGAUCUGCCUCUCUCUUCGACGGCUGUUUUAGGAACAUCUGCUCAAUCACUGUCCACAAGUGCUUCUGCUUCUAUAUCCGCGCAACAGCAAACUUUUUCCUCGAAUGUCUCCACCUCUGUUACUUCAAGUACUCUUGGACCAUUGAUUUCUUAUACACAGUCUUUGAACGUUUCUUCUCAAAUUUUGCCCACAAGUACUCCUUCGGCUUCCGUUUCUACUCAACAACAAUUCAGCUCUAUCGAUUACUUCAAUGCGUCUUCUUCGAGUAUUGAAAGAUCAUCUUAUUCUGCUGUAUCUACUUCUUCCUUGAAGCCUAAAGUCCUGACAACAAUUCCUAUAAUUUCUACUGGACAACCAACUCUUCAAAAUAGCACUUCAGCUACUCGGGUUCCGAUAUCUUCGGGAUACAGCAGCAGUGUUGAAACUAAGGUUCCUGUUUUUUCCACUGUUCAAACAAAUUACUCUACAUCUCCCUUAGCGACAAAGUCUGUCUUGACUAACUCGAGUUCUGUGAAUACGUUCUCGAAAACGUCGUUGUUAAGCGCUAGUUCUGUUUCGACUUCCGGCGUUUCAUCUUCGACAAACAACACAUCCUAUUUCUUCACUUACACCUCGUCGUCGUCUAGUUUGACAUCCUCUUCGCCUAUUGUUCUGUCUGUGCCCUCUGUUAGCAGUUUCACUUGGUCCCCAAACACAACAACUUCGUCGAUUACUGUUUCUCCCUCUUCAACCUCACACAGAUUAUCGUCCGUUAUUCGUUCUGCUUCUUCUUUCCUUAAUUCGUCUUCCAAUAUCUUGUCUACGUGGUCCCCAACUGCAUCUUCUUCUGGAGUCAGUCUUUCAACUCAGUCUUCAAGCAUAUUCAAGCAUUAUAAUACCUCUACUACUAGUGAGUACUCUAGCACGGCCGUGUCGAGUUCCGUGCCUGCUGUAAGCAGUAAUGCCACUGCUUCCACUUCUUCUAGUGCUCUUUCGUCGAGCAUAGUCACUACUCCCUUAUUGUCUUCAUCUGUCUCUGCUAAGACUAACAGUUCGACAACUUCGGCUUCUACUUUAUACACUGCACCUACUUCCAGUCUUCAAACAAACUCCUCGACGUCGUCCCUUUCCUCGCUUUAUCCUGCAUCUCUCAACUCCUCAACUGUUUCGAAAGUAUCUGCUGAAAGCUCAACUUCAAGUCGACUCCUAACAUUGGUGACUCCAACAAUCACGUCUUCUUCACAGACGAAUUCUUCAACCACUUUAGCUGCUUCCUCGACGCUACUCCAGAGUACAGUGAAAGCUUCCUCUUCUGCGAAGUUUGUUAACGCAACUGUUGUAAGCACUCCUUCUACGCGACUUCCGUCGACUAGUUCAACAAACUCAACAACUAUCUCCGGUAAGAAGGAUUUGCUUCCAACGGUGACAGUUACCUCGUUUACUGUUGUCGCAACUGACACGACGACCUUCACUACGACUGAUGCGACAAUCACUAUAACGACUACUGAUGAAUGGGGUUACCCUACGGUUUUAACAACAUAUUCCGUUGCCACCACUGAUCCUAACUACUACACUGAUGACGAUGGUAAUGUUAUAACUGUCGAGUAUGUCACUGCGACUGCUGAUAGUGAUUCUGUUCCUUCCGCGACAACAACUGCAGAAUCUGUGCCAACUACAGACAUAUCUUCGGAUUUGACUACAAGUGUCGAUUCUACGACAGGUGCAACGACUGAUGAUGUGAGCCCAUAUGCGACACCUACUACUACUAUCGUACCAAGCACAACAGAUGUACUGGCAACAACGGCUUCUGCUUCUGUGUCUUCUCAAGUUACAGAUGAUUCCGAUUCGUCCACUGUUAACACCGAUGCUACUACUGGGGACUUGUUUACAACUACUUACACUACGGUGGAAUGGGGUUUCACAAAUGUUUACACAAGUACCGGUACAUCUACUGCCGGCUCGGGUAGCUCAAACGAAGCUGUCACGACCACAUACACAACCGUUGAGUGGGGCUUUACAAACGUUCAUACAAGCACUUACUAUUUGAGCGGCAGCGCUACUACCGACAUUGCGACCAUCGAGAGUCCCACUACAACGAAUCCCGACAGUACAACUGCCGCCACAGAAGCAACUUCUACGGAUGCUGUUUCGUCAGCCAUUGAAACUACAUUUGUGUCAACCGAUAUGUGGGGAUUCCCUACUACCGUUGUAUCCUCCACAGUUAUCACAGGUAGUGCAGCGACCUCCGAAACUGAAUCCGUUUCUGAGACCACUUACGUUUCCACCGAUGAAUAUGGCUUCUCUACUACCGUAACGUCGGCAGCCUCCACAUCAACAAGUGAAACUACUGGUUUGGACUCGGCUAUUGCAGCGACAACAGCUUCCGAGAGCACAAUUAUUUCAACUGAUCAAUGGGGUUUCCCUACUACAGUGACCAGUACCAUUGAAUCGACUACGGACACGCUGCCUGCUACAAGUACACAAACAUCUGAAUCAAUCGUGACAACUACUGACCAGUGGGGUUUUGCAACUACUGUGGAUGUUGUUUCAGCUUCGUCGUCGAUCAGUACAUCAACUGAUGAAUUUGAAACUGCAGCAACAGUUGUCACGGAGGCGGGACUUAGUUCUACGGCAACUACGUCUGAAAUUGUUUCAACAACUACUUCCUCUGAUUAUACAUUGGACAUAACCGAUAGCACGACUGCUAUUUACUCUACUUCUGCUGAAGUAGAAACAAGUGUUACCGACACUGUUACUACGACGACCGCUGCUGAGACUACGACUGCUGCGCAAGCAACGUCCGUCAAUUCAGCAGGUCGCUGGUACUCUGCUGUCAGGGCUACAUAUUCGGUUCCUGCUGGAUUUUACUGGUCCGAGAUAAACGGCAUACCCGUUUUGGAACCAACUGCAGGAGCACUCAGAAAACGUAAGGUCGUUACUCAACUUCCGAGAUCUAUUGUUAAGCCAGGUGAACCUCGCCGGACGAGUUCAUCUAAUAUGGGUUUUAUCAAACCUAAGGCUUAUUCUACAUUUAUCACCUCAACCAUUGUCCGUUGAGGUGUUUGAUUGUUUUUUGUAUUUGGUUUUUUUGUUUAUUUUCAUUCAUAGAACUUGCAUCUAUUAGCAGUGCUAAUUUAUUAUCUAAUAACAAUUUAUAUAUUGUCCUCUGAA